AUGGUUCUCCCAACUUCUACCAAGCAUUACUUCUGGCCCAAGCUCGGCGCUCUUGCAAACCUCUCUUCAAAGGAAUCUCAGCUUCCGCCUCUCAGAUCCCACGAGGUGCUCGUCAAGGUUUACGCCGUUUCCUUGCAGUAUCGCGAUAUUAUGCUUCCAGAUGAAGUUGUACCAUGCUCCGAUAUGGCUGGAGAAGUCAUCGCAGUCGGAGACGAAGCAGGUAGUCAGUGGAAAAAGGGAGAUCGCGUUUGCGCCAACUUUGCUGCUGAUCAUAUCGCUGGAGAUAUCACUCCUGAAAUUCAGAAAACUGCUCAUGGAGGGGCAAUUCACGGUGUAUUGACGCAAUACAAAGCGUUCAGUCCUCACUCCCUCGUUGCCAUCCCGGACCACCUUUCCUUCGAAGAAGCUUCUACUUUGCCAUGUGCUGCCCUGACCGCAUAUAACGCACUCAUGGGCCCUGUCCCACUUAAGGGUGGUGAUACCAUUGUCGUACUUGGUACUGGCGGUGUUUCUAUUCACGGCCUUCAAAUCGCGCUCGCCUCAGGAGCCAAGGUCAUCGUUACCUCCUCGUCUGACGAGAAAUUGCAAAUUGCUACCAAUCUAGGCGCUCACCACGUUGUCAACUAUAAGACCACUCCUAAUUGGCACGAGGAAAUCCUCAAGCUUACCGGUGGAAGGGGUGCUGACCAUAUUCUAGAGGUCGGUGGCCCUGACUCACUCGAAAAAUCCUUGAAAGCUGUUCGUAUGGCGGGAUGGGUCCAUGCUAUUGGGGUUAUUGGUGGGGGUACACCUACCGAAGUUAUGAUGCCCACUAUUCAGAAAGCUUGUUUCAUUCGCGGUAUCCAGAUUGGGUCCAUUGCGCAAUUCAAAGAUAUGAACCGACUGCUUUCUCUACACCCUGAGGUGACUCGACCAGUUAUCGACAAAGUAUUUCUAUUUGAAGAAGCACUGAAGGCUUAUGAAUACUUGGAAUCUCAAGCUCAUGUGGGAAAGGUUGUAAUUAAGGUGGCAUAA